ACAAAGCCUCACGCUGCGCUGUUGGCGUAGCGGUUUCAGUAAUGGCGUCUGUGGCUGAGAUGCGCUUGGCGUUGGGAAAAUGAAGCGCAGGAGAACUUAUUUCUGUUAUUAAGAACGCGGGGUUUCCUUCGGCGAACUUUGCGUGGGAAAGCUGUGGAAUCUCCUGGAGGUCCGAGCUGCGAUAUUAGUCCCUGUCGUACCGAGAUGAUGAAGCUCAAGUCCAACCAGACCCGCACGUACGACGGAGACGGCUAUAAGAAAAGGGCCGCCUGCCUGUGCUUCAGGAGCGAGUCCGAGGAGGAGGUGCUGCUGGUGAGCAGCAGUCGACAUCCAGACAAGUGGAUCGUACCAGGAGGGGGAAUGGAGCCAGAAGAAGAGCCCAAUGUUGCUGCUGUCCGAGAAGUUUGUGAAGAGGCUGGAGUCAAGGGCACUUUAGGAAGACUAGUAGGAAUAUUUGAGAAUCGAGAUAGGAAACACAGGACGUAUGUGUAUGUCCUCAUUGUAAAAGAAGUACUGGAAGACUGGGAGGACUCUGUGAACAUUGGGAGAAAAAGGGAAUGGUUUAAAAUAGACGAUGCCAUGCAAGUGUUGCAGUGUCACAAGCCGGUUCAGGCCACCUACUUCGAGGCUCUACAGGAGGGCUGCCUGACCACUAAUGGGACGCCCGUAGUGGCCACGAUAGGCGGAGACCUUUCGCCCACCUACAACAUUAAUCAGAGCUCGGUCUCUGAUAUCAGAUAACUAAUACACAACACUGACACUCCGGAUGCUUCCGCCACCACUCUCGCUCUUAUUCUUUCAGUAUUCUUUUCUCUUUUUUUGUUUGUUUGUUUCUUUCUUUCUUUCGUUGAUUCUCUAUCAAUCUCUCGCUUUCUCUUUUCUCUUUCAUUUUCAUUUCCGUUUCUUUUUCUCUUUCUCUCUAAAAAAAAAAAUGGUUUGCCUUGCCAACCCUUUUUGAGUGCCAGGGAAGUGGCACUAACUUGACAAGUGUUGGGUAAAUAUUCAGACGACAUGUUUUGUAAAUGUAAAUUUAAUGUUUUUGUCUCUACUCUGAUUUCGUCCCCACCUUACAAAUGGAUGGACAGUUGCAUGAAUCCCCUUCCUUUCUCCCAAAUUCCCUCCUUUCAUCCCUUUCUUCAUCCUUUCCGCCAGACCUUGCCCUUACCCAGGUCCGUGCCCCCAUUUCUCCAACCCCUUAGUGCCCUCAGUGUGGCCCAAGUGUGAGGUUAAAUGGUUAUGAGGUUAAAUGAAUGCAAGAACUACUUUUUACCUGUUGUGAUGUAAAUACACAUAGCCUAGUGGUUACGCUUGAGGCUUUCAAUAUUUUUACACGUUCAUUUUCCUGUAUGUGAGUGUGAGUGAGCACGUAUUUGCGCGAGAGAGUGAUGGAUGGUGUGCGCGCACAUACGUACGUAUUUAUCUGUUCGCCGAUCCACCACCAACACCACCACACAGUGAGAAAGAAAUGCGUAGCUGCCUGAACGGAUGGAAACGUGAGAAGUCAGUCAUUUUUGCAUGAGCACUGAUAUAUUUAUUUGUCUCUUAUGAGUUUGGGUGAUCUGAUGAUGAAUGUUCGAACCUGUAUUUGGUGUCAGUAGGUCUUUUGAGUACUCUCUUUCUCCCCCUCGCCCACUUUCUUUUUUGGCAUUUUGUAUAUAUAUAAUAUAUGUGGGCUGAAGAACUACAUACAUAAAGUACAUAAAGAGAGGCCUGAUUUAAUUAUAAUUAGCCCUGGACCCUGAUUAUCAAGUGGAGCCUGUUAAGUCUUUGAGGAUGCAGACUUGGUUAAAAUUGUAAUGGUGAAUAGAUUGAGACAUUCAUAGGGAAAAUCCAGCAGCUGAUGAACAUAAUUGAUUAUAAUUGAUUUAUAAUUGAUCAUGUCCAUCCAUUGGUAGCCUUGUUUGCGUUUAAUAUCAGAACAUGAAACUUCAUGUUUUAAGCCAGAAUAGCUUUAAAACUUGAGCGAAAUCGUAAAAUUAAACUUCUCAAAGUUUAACAGUAAACUGUGGGAGCAUGCACUGCUAGAAUAAUGUUCUUUGUGUGGCCGAGCUGCUAUCAAGUUCUAGCUAAAUUUAUUCAUUUAUAUGGUAAAAAAAAAAAAAGGAUCUCAAGAAAGUUUGGCAUCAUUGAGGAAAGAGAUAAUCUCUCAUGCAAGCCUCUAAUAUUGGUUGCAAUGUUCUUUGUUUCCAUCUUUAUGGUUAAUUUCUCAAUUUUGUAUCAAUCAAGCAAUUUGACAUGAUCUAGUGAUAUAGAUGGAUAUGUUCACUGUGUCUGGUGGAAGGCUGGUCCACAGUAAGAAGAGACAGGAAGGCAGACAGACUUAACAAAAGGCCCAUCGUAAGGUUAUUUAGUUAUUUAUUUAGUUUGUUUUUCCUCCCCUGAAUGAUCCUCCGUUUAAACAGUAGAACGGCAGAAAUAACUUAUUAUUUAAGUUAAAAAAAAGGAUAAAAACAGAACCACAGAAAACCCUUUUUGUUUGUCCCUUGAAUAAUUUUAUGCUUGUAAAAAAAAAGAAAGAAAGAAAAGCUCAUGUCGUCAGCUGCAUGAUGAAGGCACACGUAUUUUAAUGCUGCCUCUUGUUAACUAUGUGGUUUUCAGUGGAAGUUGGAGUUGUUUCUCAUACAGUGUUGAUUUAAGCAGAUGAUGACUGUGAUGUUUGCGCAUAGCCCUUAUUUAUAUACACGUUUAUCUCUCUUCCGUCUCUUCUUAAAGAGAAGAGAGAAGUAGUGUUGAAUCUGCGUCCUCAUCCUCGAGUGCUCCGUACCUUUUUGCUUGACGGCGAAAAAACUAAUACUAUUACUUUAUUUGUAGCACUUUGAUGCAGAGCUAAAAAACACAAAAGGCUUGUACAGAUCAGAGACUUUGUUUGUUUUAACAUGUAAAAAAAAAAAACGUAAAAACUGAAAUGGGUUUGAACUGUAAGCCCCGCCCCCUUUUCUCUUCUCUUAAUCUAGUCUAUCUAGCGUAACUCGUCUUAGCCAGGCUGUUUUUCUGCUGCCCUUCAGACAGCAAGCAGCGGUUGGCGCAAUACUGUGAAUCUGGAGCCACUGUAGUUAGCCAUGUUUUAUUGAUUUGUUUCUUUUCUUUUUGUUUUAUCCUUUUUUUUGUAUAGGUCAAACGAAAUGAAACAAAACACAAAUACAGUCCAGUAUGUGCGAGUUUCUGGAAAAAAUAGUCCUAAUCAGGAUGUUUGAUUCUAUUUCUUCUCUAAUUUUUUAUUGUGAGCUUUGAGUAGCUUAUAGCUUAGAGAUCAUCUAACUAUGAAUCUAAUAUCCAUCAAAUAUAUAUAUUUAAAAGAUUCUACUGACUCUACUGUUUGACUGAUUGUGGUUUGCAUCAGCUUUGCCAAUCAGAAAUGCAGAAAAAUUUAAAAACUUAACAAACAUCCUGAUUAGGACUUAAGGAUUUUAGAAAGGCUGGUUUCUCAAAUUGACAGCAUCAUUAAGGAUCACCUAAUCUUGGACUAAUGGAUAAUUUGAUAAUACUCCAUUGGAAUGGAAAUAUAUGGUCCAAAACUAGGCUUUUAAUCCCUGAUUGGGAAGCAGAGUUGAUGGUGUUUGGGUUUUAGAGAGAGGAAAGCACCCAUUGUUUUGUUUAAUUGUUUAUUCAGCCAUGAUCUUUAAAAAAGGCCAUGAUAAUGUAUUAAUGUGAUUCAGUUAACAAGUUAAACUCCCUACUUUUAGUUUAUAUAAUAGGGUGUAGCGUACGAUUUUGUUUACACGAUGAUGAUGAUGAUGACGACGACGACGAUGAGCUUUGGUUAACUUCUUUCCAUCAAACACUAAAAUCUCAGUUUAUUAUUAAAGAGGAUUAAAGUUCUUUAGCAGUGUUGAUUGGUUGAUUUAAUUAAUAAAUUAAAUGUUAUGUUCUCCCCUCCAAGCACCUUGAUUAGCUGGUAUGACUGACGAUCAUACUUGAAUUAAACACCCAAAAGGUGGCUUUUUUUUUUUUUUUUGUCUAUUUUAUUAUUAACCACCAAUAGCACAAUCAUCUUGACUAAUUCAUUUAAAACUAAAUCUGAUCUAAAUCUAAGUAAAAGUAGUUGGAGGUAGAUGUGGAAUACAUAAACAAUUGUUUAUAUAUAUAUUUUUUUUACCCUCUUCACAUUCGACUCUAAAGUCUCGCUUCCACAAAAGUAAUUUGAAGACCAAAGUCAACCUGUAGAAAUGACUACGCUCAGUCAAGCGCUAUUAUUGCACCAGACCCUGAAUGUAAACUUCUUCCAAAAGUUGCAUCAAAACACCAGCCCGAGUCUAAAUUUCGUCCCAAAGCCCCCUAUUAAAAAAAUAAAAAUAAAUAAAGUCACAUAAAAUUUGCAUAUGGUAAAGAUGGCCUAUAGGAACCAACAACAUGGAGAACAUUAAAAUUCGAUGUCGCUUGUCCAGUCCCUAAAGCUGUGACCCUCUUUCAGUUGAACAAGAAAUACCCUUCACUGGAACAUUUGCUUUGUGAUUUUGGGAUUGUGGAAUAUACCAGUAUGAGAAUGUAAUAUAAAUGUGCCAACAAAUAAACAUCAGUAUUUCACA